GCGAGCGGGAAAGGCUGAAGAAGACGACGCAUGAUGGGCAAUGGUCGAAAGAGCAAGACGAGAAGGACGAAGAGGAGAUCGACGGCACGAAGAAGCAGAAGAGGAGGUGGAGGAGGAGGAGGAGGAGGAGGAGGAGGAGGAGGAGGAAAAGGAUGAAGAAGAAGAGGAGGAGGUGGCAGUGGAUGCGGGAUGGAAAAUCGGUGGACAAGAGACGAGAGGGGCGAGGAGAUCAAGGAGACGAAAGAGGAGAAGAGGGGGGGAGAAGGAGGAGGAGGAGGAGGUCGUGGAGGCGACAAUGAGCGGAGAAGGGGAAGCAGCGAAAUGAGCCAACCAAUGAAUGCGCCAACCAAUG